AUGGCAGAAAGUAUACUACAAGAUAUUAUAGCUGAACAAAAAAAGCGUCUUGCAAUAGCGCAAAUCAACGAAAACAUGGCAGAGAAAGCAGAUCCCUACUACAAUCUAGGCUACGCUUAUUACUCCCUCGGUGACUUCCAUCAAGCAAAAGAGUACCAGAAGCAACACCUGAGCAUUACCAAGGAAGUUGGUGACAGGGCAGGAGAAGGAUGUGCCUAUGGCAAUCUCGGCCGUACUUAUGAGUCCCUCAGUUACUUCCAACGAGCAAUAGAGUACCACAAUAAACACCUCAGCAUUGCCAGGGAAGUUGGUAACAGGGCAUGCGAAGGAACAGCCUAUAACAAUCUCGGCAAUGCUUAUUACUCCCUCAGCAAAUUCCAACAAGCAAUAGAGUACCACGAGAAAGACCUGAGGAUUGCCCAGGAAAUCGGCGACAGGAACGGAGAAGGAGCUGCCUAUGGUAAUCUCGGCAUUGCUUAUGAUUCCCUCAGCAAAUUCCAGCAAGCAAUAGAGUACCACGAGAAACACCUGAGGAUUGCCCAGGAAAUCGGCGACAGGGAAGGAGAAGGAGCUGCCUAUGGUAAUCUCGGCACUGCUUAUAACUCCCUCAGCAAAUUCCAACAAGCAAUAGAGUAUCACGAGAAACACCUGAAGAUUGCCCAGGAAAUCGGCGACAGGAAAAGAGAAGGAGGUGCCUAUGGUAAUCUCGGCACUGCUUAUCAUUCCCUCAGCAAAUUCCAACAAGCAAUAGAGUAUCACGAGAAACACCUGAAGAUUGCCCAGGAAAUCGGCGACAGGGAAGGAGAAGGAGCUGCCUAUGGUAAUCUCGGCACUGCUUAUAACUCCCUCAGCAAAUUCCAACAAGCAAUAGAGUAUCACGAGAAACACCUGAGGAUUGCCCAGGAAAUCGGCGACAGGGAAGGAGAAGGAGGUGCCUAUGGUAAUCUCGGAAUUGCUUAUGAUUCCCUCAGCAAAUUCCAACAAGCAAUAGAGUACCACGAGAAACACCUGAGGAUUGCCCAGGAAAUCGGGAACAGGAAAGGAGAAGGAUGUGCCUAUGGUAAUCUCGGCGUUGCUUAUAUCUACAUCAGCAAAUACCAACAAGCAAUAGAGUACCUCGAGAAACACCUGAGUAUUGCCAAGGAAAUCGGCAACAGGGCAAAAGAAGGACGUGCCUAUUGUAAUCUCGGCUUGGCUUAUAAUUCCCUCAGCGAAACCCGACGAGCAAUAGAGUACUACAAGCAAAGCGUGGGGAUUGCCAGGGAAAUCGGCGACAGGGCAUUAGAAGGAGUGACCUAUUAUAAUCUCGGCGAUGCUUAUUGUUCCAUCAGCGAAUUCCCAACAGCAGCUGAGAACCACAAGAAACACCUGAACAUUGCCAAGGAAAUAGGUGACAGGGCAGGUGAAGGAGAUGCCUAUGGUCUUCUCGGUAGGAUUCAUCAAUUCCUCUGCGACUUCCCACGAGCAAUAGAGCACCACAUGAAGAAACUGAGCAUUGCCAAGGAAAUCGGUAACAGGAGACAAGAAGGAAAAGCCUAUUGCGCUCUCGGAUCAGCUUAUGAAGCUCUAAAGGACUUCAAAGAAUCAAUAGAGUGCUAUAAGAAACACCUGAGAAUUGCCGAGGAAAUCGGUGACAGGCAUGCAGAAGGAUGUGCCCAUUGCAACCUGGGUGGAUGUCUUUUAGAAUCAGGUUUUUUGAAUGAAGGUUUAGAUCAUUUAAGACUCGGUUUAAAAAUCUAUGACACAAUAAGAGCCAGCUUUAUUUCCGAAGACAGACUGAAAAUAAGUUUUCAUACGACUCAUCAAUAUUUCUAUACUUAUUUAUGGGAAACUUUAGUCGAGCUUCAGAGGAAUGAUGAGGCUUUAUACAUUGCUGAGAGGGGACGAGCACAGGCUUUGGUCGAUGCCUUAAAACUAACUUAUGGCCUUACAUCACUUUCUCCCAGGUCAAUUGAAUCUGAAGAAGAAGUCAGAAAUAUUUCAAGGAAGACAACUGUUUUAACAGUUUUUCUUGCCCUGCAAAAGAAAACAGUCAAUAUCUGGGUGUUGGGAAAAGAAGGCAACCCUAUCUUUAGGCAAGCAAAGUUAAAAAUAUCUGGAAGUGAGCACGAAGAUUCCUUUUCUCUCCUUUUAGACAAUGUUUUAAAAACCAUUGCGGCUGGCAGAGGUAUCAGGUGCGAAAAUCGGUCAAUGGAUAAGCUGAGUACAACAACUGCAACUACUCGAGACGAACAUCAAGCAUCGGAGGCAUCACAGGAGACCACCGACUGUUUGCAGCCAUUAUAUGAUGUACUUAUUGGUCCCAUUGAAGACUUGCUUGAUGGUGAUGAACUAAUUGUAGUUCCUGAUGGCGCUUUGUCCAAAGCUCCUUGGGCAGCCCUGAGUGAAACUUUAAGGAUCCGCACUGUUCCCUCACUGACAAGUUUGAAAGUCAUCACAGAUUCUUCAAUUGAAUACCACAGUAAAAGUGGAGCCCUGCUUGUUGGAGAACCAUGCUUGAAGAAAAUUACAGAUAGACGGGGGAGCCCCAUUUAUGAUCCUCUGGAGUACGCAAGAAUGGAAGUGGAGACGAUUGGACGAAUUUUAAAGAGUCAACCUUUAACAGGUGAAGAUGCAACCAAAGAAGCGGUACUUCAGAGAAUCGCGUCAGUUGCUUUGGUUCACAUGGCAGCCCACGGAAGGAAGGAAACUGGAGAAAUUGUUUUGGCUCCAGACCCCCGACGGGAAUCCAAGACUCCUACGGAGGAGGACUAUAUGUUGAAAAUGUCUGAUAUACAAGCUGUGGAGCUGAGAGCAAGGCUAGUUGUGUUAAGUUGCUGCCAUAGUGGUCAAGGACCGGUCUCGUCUGAGGGUGUGGUCGGUAUGGCACGUGCUUUCUUGUUUGCUGGUGCUCGUUCCGUGCUGGCGACACUCUGGGCAAUUGAUGACGAAGCCACAAUGAUNCCCCGACGGGAAUCCAAGACUCCUACGGAGGAGGACUAUAUGUUGAAAAUGUCUGAUAUACAAGCUGUGGAGCUGAGAGCAAGGCUAGUUGUGUUAAGUUGCUGCCAUAGUGGUCAAGGACCGGUCUCGUCUGAGGGUGUGGUCGGUAUGGCACGUGCUUUCUUGUUUGCUGGUGCUCGUUCCGUGCUGGCGACACUCUGGGCAAUUGAUGACGAAGCCACAAUGAUGUUUAUGGAAUCUUUCUACCAACAACUUGCAAGAGGAGAAAGUGCAAGUGUUGCUCUUCAGAGGGCCAUGAAAUAUCUUCGAGACUCCCACGAUUACUCUGCUCCAAAGUACUGGGCUCCUUUUAUUCUGAUGGGCGAUGACGUUAAGAUUGAAUUGGAAAAAGAGUAA